GUUGAAGAAAUAACAUCAACCGAGAUCGCUGCCCGAAAUUCAGUGUCGCGUUCUUUUUGAAGUUUACGUUUGUUGACGAGUCCAAUACUGUAACUUCAUUGAGACCUUCCUCCAUGAUUCAGACUUUGUAAAACUGCACUGAUCAUUUUCAACGCAAAUUACAGGAGGUGUUGCCCGGGCCCCGGGAGCUGGGCACGCAGUUGAUAGCGUUUUAUCAUGAGCCCGACUGCCUCACGCACAAGCUCUUGGUAUAGCAUAUAGAGGUAGACAUUAUGGCCAGCGACGCUAAGCAAUCACGUGUCAUGCUAUGGACAUGUCCUCGGUCCUGCAGCACUGCUGUUCAGCGGUCAAUCAGUCACGUUGAAGGUGGUGUGUUUUACUUCGAACCGUACACAAUGGCUUUCUACUUUGGUCCAGAUAGGAAGUUCCAAUGUGAAGCGAAUCGUGAUGAACGUGGUGAACAAUCUAGUUCAUACUUGACUUAUGAUUCAUCAGUAAACACGUUUGAUUGGGUGAAACAGACGCUAGAAGCAAAGCACCAGGGCGCAAGUCUCGUUUUCGCCAAGGAUCUCGCAUUUUGUUUGGGAGGGACUACAAAUCUUCCCAGUGGAUACCGGCACAGUUUCCUCAUCAGAAAUCCCAAGAAAGUCAUACCAUCUUGGAGGGAGUCUCAAAACGAUUUAAAAACUGAAUUUACGAUGGGAGUCGCAGAGGAAUUGAAAGACGUGGUGAUGGCAAAUUCUGCUGGCUUCAAAGAGUUGUUUGAACUUUUCAAGCAUAUUCAGGAAAACGUGGAUCCUAAUCCUUUUAUCAUGGACGCCGAUGACCUAGUGGCCCACCCGGAAGCCGUGAUGAAUGCGUAUUGUAAGGCAACUGGUAUCCCCUUCAGCAGGAAGCUGAUCGAAUGGGACGACGAUGGGUUACCAAUGUACACUAAAUGGAUCACAUGCAGAAAUCAACUACCAUUUUUCAUGACGAGCCACCAUAACAAUGUGGCAACCAGUGGUGGAUUUUCGAAGAAUGGGGACUUGAAGGUACCCCGGUCGACUCUUGAUACCGACCCAGCAGUGCUUGGUAUCAUUGAAAGCAGCAUGCCCCAUUACAAACAUCUCUACCAGCAAAGAUUCGUCCCAUGAUACUUCCGUGUUCAGAGCAUCUUUCUAAAGUUUCUUCGAGUAGGCCUACAUGCACAUCGAGAGUGAAGGCCAUGUUCAAACUUAGCGCGUAACUUGCGUAAGGCAAAAUGUAACUCUCGUCGUCUAGCUACAUCAUGCAUUCUUCACAGAAGGAUGAACGGCUGUUCUGAGCUCUACUGCACUGAACGGACUUGUAUUGGGCCUAUACCCGUUGGCAUGUCAAUCGUGAAAGUUCCAGGUGUGCCAUUUUGUCGGUUUUUUGCAUGACAUCUAAAACGGAAAUAUUCUUAAAACUUUAAGCAAAUCCACUCCUUAUGUAAGAUAUACUUGUUUAUUGUUAAAAACGAUAUUUUUUUCAUGUAGCGGAAAUUCCCUCAAAUACAGGACCAAGUUUUCAUUUUCUUCAGCUUCGGCUUGAAGUUGAUUUAUACUUUUCCUAACUCAAGAGAAAUGGUUCGAGUCAACACUAAGGACUUUGUCAAACUGGGCAAAUGUAUGCGGUGUAUUUGGGGGAGACAAUCCAUUUAAGCACAAAAUAAAUAAAUUAAAACACAACUUGAAGAAAUUGAAACACAGCGUACAUGUCUUACCUUAAAUUGAUAAUCACGUUUGCAAGUAAGUCGUAAUACAUAUUCGCGUAUCAUUUUUAGUCAAGUGUAUGGCUUUCCGAGUAAAUAGGAAAAUAAUUUUCACUUACACAGAUUUUCCCUGAUCAUUUUCAUUAUUGGCCAUUCAAGUUUGUGUGAUUUCGACACAUCGGAUCAAAUUGGCGUUUCUUUUUCAUUAUUG